CCCUCCAAGAGGGGCAAGAAGAAGAAGGGCAGGCGGGGAGUCAAAGCCCUGAAAGUCCAGUCGGACCAGGGCUGUGCUGACAACAACGGACCCAUUGACCUGAUGGAGGAGGUGAGGGACAUCGAGGCUCACCUGAAGGAGGAGGCCUGGAAGGUGGUACAUGAGGUGAAGGCCAUGGGCAGGAGAAGUUUGGGCUUGGACAUGUCCACGGGGGAAAUAGCCACCAGCUCUCUGGGAAGCCUGAGCUCAGUGGAUAUGAACACACCUGCUGAGCUCCGUGACUACUUGGAUGUUGGGACCCCGGUCAAGUUGCGUGACAGCCCACCCAGGCCUGCUCCCCCUCCUACCAAGCCCAGGAGCAAACUGCCUCGGCCUAUAAGGUUCCUCAGCCUGCCAAAGGCUGCCACCGGCUCAGGGAGAAGAAGAUCGAGGGCUUGACCUCUCUCCGUGUGAUGGCUCAGAACCACAUGGACAUACUGAUGCCUAAACUCCAUGAUAUCUGCCUUGCCAUUAUAAAUGAGGUGAAGAACCUGCGCUCUGCAGUGUCCUGUGCUGCCAUGGCCACACUGGGUGACAUGUACGUUCACCUCCAGAGGGCCAUGGACAGUGAGGUGGAGGGGACGGCACGCGUGCUGCUCCACAAAGCCAGCGAGGCCAACGCCUUCAUCCGGCAGGGCGCCAACUUUGCCCUGGGUCACAUGGUGCAGAGCUGCACCCCUACCCGUGUCAUGAAUGCCCUGCUGGUCGGUGGGCUGAGCCACCGUAACGCUGCGGUGAGGAGCUGCACUGCUCAGCACCUGGAGAGACUGGCUGAGGUCAUGGGGACGGCUCGUCUCCUGUCGGGGAAGAAAGACCUCACUGACCGUUUCUUGAUUGCCGUCAGUAAACUGGCUGUGGACCCUUCACAGGAAGUCAGGUGGGAAGUUCCUCCUGUAAAGUAGCUUGCUUCAACAUAACAGUUAAGGCCGGGAUUCAAUCCAUGGCUCGCUAUAGCACUAGAUCGCCGA